CUCUCUCUCUCUCUCUCUCUCUCUCUCUCUUUCAAUCUCGAUAGUUCUCUCUCUUGCCUCGUCCUCCAACACCAAUCAACAAAACGUGAGGGAGAGACAAAAGAGACUCAGAUGGCCGACCAGCAACUAGGAGUGCUAAAAGCACUCGAUGUUGCGAAGACGCAACUUUAUCAUUUCACGGCGAUUGUCAUUGCCGGUAUGGGUUUCUUUACGGAUGCCUAUGAUCUUUUUUGUGUGUCCUUGGUGACGAAGCUCCUAGGACGCCUCUACUACUUCAAUCCGGAGUCAGCAAAGCCUGGCUCCCUUCCCCCUCAUGUUGCAGCAGCAGUCAAUGGUGUGGCCCUCUGUGGGACUCUUGCUGGUCAGCUCUUCUUCGGAUGGCUUGGUGACAAGCUAGGAAGGAAAAAGGUCUACGGUCUCACUUUGAUCAUGAUGAUCGUGUGUUCUAUUGCUUCCGGUCUCUCCUUUGGAAACCAAGCCAAGGGUGUCAUGACCACUCUUUGCUUUUUCAGGUUUUGGCUCGGGUUUGGCAUUGGAGGUGACUACCCUCUUUCAGCCACCAUCAUGUCUGAAUAUGCUAACAAGAAGACUCGUGGGGCUUUCAUCGCUGCCGUCUUUGCUAUGCAAGGUGUCGGUAUCUUGGCUGGUGGUUUUGUGGCUCUUGCAGUCUCUUCCAUUUUCGACAAACAGUUUCCAUCGCCGACCUAUGACCAAGACAGGGUUCUCUCAACGCCUCCGGAAGCUGAUUACAUUUGGCGUAUCAUUGUCAUGUUUGGCGCUAUACCUGCGGCCAUGACCUUCUAUUGGCGUAUGAAGAUGCCUGAAACCGCUCGUUACACUGCUUUAGUUGCCAAGGACAUUAAACAAGCAACAAAAGACAUGUCCAAAGUCUUACAAGUAGAGCUUGAAGUUGAAGAAAGGGCGGAGGACCCAAAACUGAACUAUGGAUUGUUCUCCAAGGAAUUCCUUAGGCGCCACGGGCUUCCACUCCUUGGGUGUACCUCAACUUGGUUCUUGCUUGACAUUGCUUUCUACAGCCAAAAUUUGUUCCAAAAGGAUAUUUUUUCGGCCAUUGGAUGGAUUCCAAAGGCAGGCACCAUGAAUGCUGUUCAUGAGGUUUUCAAGAUCGCUAGGGCUCAGACUCUCAUCGCGCUUUGCAGUACUGUCCCAGGGUACUGGUUCACCGUGGCUUUUAUUGAUAUCAUGGGAAGGUUUGCAAUCCAGCUAAUGGGAUUCUUCUUCAUGACGGUAUUUAUGUUUGCCAUUGCCUUCCCUUACAACCACUGGAUCAAACCAGACAACCGUAUUGGAUUCGUGAUUAUGUACUCCCUCACCUUUUUCUUCGCUAACUUUGGACCAAAUGCAACCACUUUCAUUGUCCCUGCUGAGAUCUUCCCAGCUAGAUUAAGGUCCACAUGCCACGGAAUAUCAGCUGCGACAGGUAAGGCUGGAGCCAUUGUUGGAGCCUUCGGGUUCCUAUAUGCGGCUCAAUCACAGGAUCCAGCCAAGACAGACGCAGGAUACCCACCGGGUAUUGGAGUCAAGAACUCAUUGAUCAUGCUUGGUGUUAUCAACUUUAUUGGUAUGCUCUUCACAUUCCUUGUCCCUGAGCCAAAGGGCAAGUCCCUUGAAGAACUCUCCGGUGAAGCUGAGGUUGAGAAAUGAUUACUCCGUCAUAUUGUUAAUAUAUAUUUGUUAUUCGUUUUGUCAUUUUGAUUUUUCAUUUUUUUUUUUUUUUGUGAUAUGAUAUUGUGCACCUCUACGUUUGCUUUUUGAUUUUUCUUAGUAUGUAAGUGUAACCAUUGACCCGUUUUCAAAGAACUACUAAGAAGCAAAUUCAUGUUAUGUUUUGUACGGUAAAACAAGUCUUCGCCUCUUAACAACGGCACAUGUAAUAUAAAUGAAAAUAUUUUUAUUUUAA